GUUUCUGGAAAAUAGGCACAUUCAGACGUGCAGUUUGAUAAAUAAUUUAAAUGCGCCCAGUUUGCCUGGCUGGCAGAAUUUUCACGUGAUUCCCACCUUUUAAUGCAUCAGGUCAGAUUAAAGCCAGGCGCCCUGUGGCUAGAAAUGCGGCACAAAAGGAAGCCUGGAUGAACCCUUCAUUCAGAGUUGCUUCUUCACACGUUAGGGAUUUCCUACACGUAAAAAAGUGCUCAUCUGUAAGCUGGGGAGGCUUGUGAGGAGGUUGCGCUGCUGUGAGUACGUUCUCUACCUGAAAGCUAUGACUAGCUGCACACCUGUAGCAAGAAACCUGUUGGAUCGUCCCAUAUUGAUAUGUGUGCUUAUGUAGCAGCUUUGGAUCAGAAAACAAUUUUAUUAGUCUCCAGAUGUCCCUACCAAGUACAGCAGAAUGCUCAUAUUUAAAAAGAGAGAAAUCAAAGUUAUAUGACGUAUUCAAAAAGGUAAUGUUACAUCUCUUUGGGGAUUAUUUUUUUAAUGUAGCCCCCUGUCCAUGCCCAAAUCUAUGUGUUCCCUAAGCCUUAAACCUUAAAAAUCCAAGUGGUAGUGACUUAGUUAUAGAGCCUGACUGCCUGUUAAAGAUUGAGCUGCAUAACGAAGUACACUUCUGACACCCAAACGAGUAACUGGAGAACAGCAUGACCCAUAAGACAAGCUGGCUGUGCCAGAUCUAGAAGCAGUUUCACACACUUUGGAAACUAAGGUGCUUUUCAGUGUUGGAUAGACAGCAAUCUUUUUCAUGACUUUGACCCAGAUAAUGGCAAAGUAUCAAGUUUGGACAAGGCAGGUUCCAAGGUUGACUUGAUGCAACUGUGAACAUGGAGCUGUCUUGAGAAGAUGUCACCUGGGCCCAACUCAGCCUCACUAACAUCAGGGACACACAGUGACAACAGGCAGACUCAUUUGUCUAAAUCUUGGUCUGCCCUAACCAUGUAUGAAAUGACUUUUGAGUAAUCUGACAUUGAGAGCAAAAGAGGCACCCACCACCAACACUUACAUUCCUGUCUCCAAGCAUUUCCAGUGGAAUUUACUUCCAGUAUGGGAGCUUGGUGUAGGAGAAAGAUAUACAGGAUAUGGACUCUGAGGAGGUACAGGGAGAUGUUAGAAUCCUCACCCAUGCGCUUGUUUUGCUCUAAAUGUAGCUUUAUACAGAGCCAGUCCAAUCCAUUUUGCUACCUGAGAAUAACAACAUGGCACCUACUCAUCCCCAAAGCUAACUGCACUGGCAGCUGAAUCUUCACUCCUGAUGACAUGACUAGGCCUAGGUGAUAUAUUCCCCAGGACCGGUAUGAGGAGCAAAUUGUGAUGUCAGUUUCACUCAGUGGUAUAUUGCUGGUGAAACCACCACCGCACCUGAGUCCCUCUGCUAGCAGCGUCCCCUGGAGGGAGUCAAGAGUUCCUUCCUCCAGUGGGCGAUGCUAGCAUAGGGACUCAGGAGCGGUGGUGGUUUCACCAGCAAUGUAUCGCUGGGUGAAACCUCCAUCCCCAGGGCCGGAUUUGGAUGAAGAGAAGUGCUAGGCUACUCCGCUUGUGAGGCCCCUCUCCCUCCCCCACCCACACAACUAGAAGAAAGUGGAAGAGCGUUAUAAACAAAAUUCAGUGAAGCCAAGGAUGAUGACGGGUAUUUAAAAUUCUGCAAUUCACAAUUUCUCUUUUAAAUAACGUAAGAUAUUAUUGUUAAAUACCAUGGUGAUUUUUAAAAAAAUGCAUAAAAUUAACACUGAAAAACUUUUGCAAUAACUGAACUACCGCAGGCCGCAGGCCUGGCUGGGUCUUCCUGUUAUAUACCUGCUGGGAUUGACAAGGCAUCUGACCCUCACCUGAAUCUCCUAGCUCUCCUGAUGAGUGCUUUGGUCCAGGACAUAGGUGUCCUGACUGUGACAAAGGUGACCUGUGUGCUUGCUUGCUUGCUUGCUUGCUUAACAGCUGUUGGGAACUUCAAGGUCCCUGCUCUCCCUUCUAAUGACCUUUGUACUGGACCUGGAGACUCCAAUCGAGAGCAUUCUAUGUCAAGAAGGAGGGCAAGUGGGCACCCUAUCAAAUGACAGGGCAGGAGUUACAUGGAGCAGGGCCUUUUCACUGGUGGUGCCCAUUGUAUGCCUCGCUCUUCCCAGACCUGCUCUCUUUUGGCCUGUAUUUUGGAGCUUUAUAAUUUAGGAAGACCUUGGAAGAACUGGUUGACAAGUCUUAUCAGUCGCUGACGUAUGAGCGAAUUUUAUUUGCUGCUAUUCUGGGCUUCUGGUGCACCAGGGUUUACACCAGCGUAAUAGAGUUGGCCAGGAUGCCAGAAGGGAUACAAUUUAUGAGCUUUCUCCAUUAUCUGCACAGCAGGGGGUUUUCAAUUUUGGGAGAGGAGACUGCGGCAAUGGGGAGUGGGCAGGCUGGCGAGGCCCCAUAGAUUUAGAGGCCCAAGUUGCCCUGCCCUCGCAUGAAGUCUUGGGGUUGCAAUUUUGGGAGAGGGAAGAAUGCCCGCUGCAGAGUGGGUGGGCUGGCGAGGCCCCCUAGAUUUAGAGGCCCUAGGCUUCAGCCUACACAUAAAUCCGGCACUGGCCAUCCCACUCUGCCAUCAUACUAUAGAGAGGGAGAAACAAGCUGUAUCAGCAAGGCGUCAAUACAGCUUGUUCCUCCUUCUGCUCAACUGAGGAGUGUGCAGCUGCCCUUGCCUCAGUCAAGCAGUUAAAGGAGCCCCCAGCCCGGCGCUGGCUCCUGCAAGCUGGCAGUGGGGUGGAGGGUCUGUGAAACUGCUCAGCUGAGGGGAGCGCAGUUGCCUGUCUUGGCUGGGGGGGGGGGGGCGGACAAGCUGCAUUGUCCCAGCCUGCAAGCCUGGGUGAAACCGCCUCUGCUCUCAAGGGUGAGAGCUGGGGCAGUUUCACCCGGUGUCUCAUGAGCAGAGGCCAGUGCAUCUUGUUUUUUCAGCAUCAUGGUAUAUUGCCAAACUGUGAUGUUUGCCUGGUAAUGCACUGCGAUGUUGAAAGCUGAUAUUGCCCAGCGCUAGACAAGACACCAUCUUCCACUACACCCAAGGACACCAGGCUGGCUUAGAGGGUGCAGGGCAGGCCACCUGGCACAUAACACUUUCUCAGUGCCUCACCACUUGCUCCUGGCUCUUGGCACAGAUAGGGCCCUCUGUAGAGGUACAGGUAAAGGGACCCCUGACCAUUAGGUCCAGUCAUGGUUGCAGUGCUCAUCUCACUUUAUUGGCUGAGGGAGCUGGUGUACAGCUUCUGGGUCAUGUGGCCAGCAUGACUAAGCUGCUUCUGGCGAACCAGAGCAGCGCACGGAAAUGCCGUUUACCUUCCCGCCGGAGCGGUACCUAUUUAUCUACUUGUACUUUGACGUGCUUUCGAACUGCUAGGUUGGCAGGAGCAGGGACUGAGCAACGGGAGCUCACCCCGUCGCGGGGAUUCGAACUGCCGACCUUCUGAUCGGCAAGUCCUAGGCUCUGUGGUUUAACCCACAGCGCCACCUGCAUCCCUAGGGCCCUCUCUGGCACUCGCCAAAUCAGACACAAGUUUGCAUAAAAUUUUCAUACACUUAAUGUAACAUGAAGAUAUCUACCCUUUUUUGCACAUGGCCCAAACAUAAGAUGGGUCACGCACAAGUAAUAAGAUGUCCGACAGACAGACUAUCAAACUGGCAAUUCUUUCCCCAUAAUUGUAGAUCCAUACUACAAAAGGCUUACUUUGUUUAACAUCUACCUGCCACAUAUCUAUUAAAGACAUGAGAGCCCUGCUCUCCUCUAAUGCCAGCUCUCAGUCUUGGGAGAACCCAAGUUUCACAAAUUGUAAGUGAGUCAUGUUAACUGUAAAUCUUUCAUCAGCUGAUCUUAGGGCGGCAAUACUACGUUCAGGGCAAGAUCAGACCUGGCAGGGGAGCAAAGGUGGUUUAAGAUUUACACCAAUUCAGUUCAGAUGCUCAUGCUCGGAUAAAUUAAAGAUUUAAAUAGUUAAAAAGCAAGCACCUUAUUCAUUUGCUGUGGUUAUGUAUUAAUGCCUCAUAAUAGCAGCAGCAUUUUCUUUCUUUUUCAUUUCCUGAGCAAAAGGGGUUUGAAAUCCCCAUUCAGCCAUAAAGCUCAUUUGGUGCCCUUUGGCCAUUCACUGUCUCUCAGCACAAACCUAUAUCACAGGGUCGUUGUGAGGAUAAAAUGCCCAUUUAAGUGUUUGUACCAGCAGUGCUACCAAACCACCCGCCUCAAGAAUCCCAAUAUCCCUUCACGGGUGAGAUAGCCACCCCUCCUUGUAUAUUGUUGCUACAACCAACCAGCCUCUCUCACUGCCCUACUACUGUAUUUACAUUGAUGGGGGGACGACCAUUACUGCACACUAUCAGAUUGGAUAACAACACUCUCUGUCUUUUUCCAGCUCCCAACUUCAUACCAAUUAAACAAAGAAUAUCUCAUGGACUGUUCUCCUGCCUACAAGAUGAUGCAGCCUCCAGUCAGGUGAGGUGGGGGAUGCCUACCCCCCCAAUAAAAUAACAACAACAACAAUUUAUUAUUUAUAGCCCUCCCAUAAGAGAUCACCAGCCAGUUGUCUCUAUGGCAAGACAUCUGUACUUUACCAGCUCUUUAGGCACAUACAGUGGUACCUCGGGUUAAGUUAAUUCGUUCUGGAGGUCCGUACUUAACCUGAAACUGUUCUUAACCUGAAGCACCACUUUAGCUAAUGGGGCCUCCUGCUGCCGCCGCGCCGCCGGAGCCCGAUUUCUGUUCUUAUCCUGAAGCAAAGUUCUUAACCUGAAGCACUAUUUCUAGGUUAGCGGAUUGUGUCUAACCUGAAGCGUAUGUAACCUGAAGCAUAUGUAACCCGAGGUACCACUGUAAAUGGUUGCCUAACAGACUUGGCCAGGCCCAUUAUUUUAACAAAGAGGCUGGUUUGACCAGUUCAGCCGCCACUUCUACUACAAACUCCUUUCUUACAGAUACAAGAUUACAGACCUAGUUGGAAACCAGAGGCAUCAUCCAAACCAUCCCAUCCCAUAACAGUACUUUUUCUUUUCUUUUCUUGAGAGUCAUUAGUAUAUUCCUAUGUAGAUUUGAUCAGUUAAUCUAUUAAGACUCACAGGAUUGGUCGACUGAAUUUCCUUUAAUUGGAUAUGAGAUUUACAAGUAAUAGUAGUACCCAUGAUUCCGUGUAAUUGCUUAAUGUUGGCCGUUAUUUUCACAACACACAUUAAAAAAACGCCAUAAAGUCAUUCAGGGAAGUAAAUGCCAGUGCAGCCAAACUGCUGAACUGAAGUUCUGAUGUGAGACCCUUUGGGGGAGGAAAACAUCCAAGCGAUACUGAACAUAUAAGCUGUGUUGCUAAGGAUAUUAGUGUUCUGUGUUUUCCUUUUUGUUGCCUAGAUGGAAGUCUGCUGAUUCAGCAUUCCCUUUUUGUUCGGCUGGUUACAUCUAUUGCCUUCUCAGGUUGCUUGUGACUUUUACUUAAGUCAGUUUCAGGCUGACAAGUCUUAACUAAUUGAUAAAAUAUUGAUUUCUUUCUUCUUCUUUUAGUUUCAGUUUCAAAGUGAUCAAACACAUACUUCAAAUUUAGCUUAAUUGAAAUGCUCUGAUCACUGGGAGAUGGAGAAAUUAAUAACCACAACAGGAAACUGUUAGAUUUUUUUUUAGCGCAGUCAUUCCUUUCAAGAAAGUCAAACAUUUCUCCUUUCAAAGUUGCUUACUAAGGUUUCCAGUAUGUUGUAACUUGCUAGAAAGACAGUCAUUCUUUUUUUAAAAAAAAACCCCACAAAAACAUUAUUUGUGUUUUUAAAAUUAUUUUAAUGGAUUUAUAAAAUGUUUAAUUUAAGCUUUUUACAUUAUUUGAUUAGAAAUCUGUAUCUAUACCAGACGUUUUCAGUCACAAUAACACCAUGUACAUUUUUUUUGGGGGGGGGACCCUCAAACAACUGAACAAACAAUGAUGUAUGACUGGUUAUAAAUAGAUUGGACUGUCCCCAACAUUUCUGGGAGUUCACCAUGCAGAAGUAUAUCCUUAAAUUCCCAAUGAUGGCGCAGAUUAUGAAGCAUUCUGUCAUCCAAGCACCAUUUACAUCUGCUGCCUUCAGGCUAGCCAACAGAGCAAGCUUGGAUCAUCAGAAGCUCUUUUUUCUGCAUUACUCAUCCUGUCCUAAUCUGCAAGAUCACCAUUGCCAAAAUGCCCACAGAAACCUCCUGCUAGCCUAUGGUGAUACUCACUUUUUAGCAUACUGACACAAUGGAUACACUGGAUAUUUGCCCUAGCUCUGUGAACUUUCACCAUGGCGAAUAACAUAUUGCUGUUAAACUAUGGAUUUAAUUGAUCUGUAAUUAAACAACCACAAUGUGACACUGAUUUGACAUAAUUUCGAUGCUAAAGUAAAAUAUUGCAUGAGCUGUGGUGUGUGUAUGUGUGUUCUUAGCAGAGUGUGACUAUAUAUUGAUUGCAGUUGCAAAUCUCUGGUUGGUGAAAGACAGGGAGGCAGAGGUCCAAGCACUUGUCAGCAUCCACUAGUGAUCAUAAAUAUGAUGUAUCUUGCUGAUUUAAAUGCUAUUCCAUCUCUUUGCUGGACAGCUGGAAAGAGCCCGACGCUGUUUUGAAUAACCUGGUGCAUUGGCUGGUUUUGCUCUUGGUUAAAAAUGCCUCUGAAUAUAAAUUGCUUUUUAUCCCCUGAAAAUAUUUAUAGAAGUACUUAUUCAAAUUAAAUUUGGCAUUUUUACGUAUUUAAUGUUUAAACAUGAGCUAACCAUGAGACAUAUAUAUAUAUAUAUGUGCAGUGAACAUUUGUGUAGAGAUCAGCUAUCUUCGCAUAAAAACUCAUUCGCUUGUCAUAGAACACUGUAUCAAGAGCUCAGGCGUCCAUUAAGCACCCAUGCUGAAAUUUUGCUAACAUCUUGGCAAAAGUUGCAAUACAGUCCACAGUUGCUGAUACUCUAGCCUUUGCAGGAUCGCAGACGAAAUGUUUUUAUCCUCUCUCAAGACUUUAUAAUGGAUAGGAGUAGACAACUUUGCCCGUAUCUACAGAUUCAUGGUUAAUUAAAGAAAUUUAUUGACUGAAUAUAAUUAUAAUAUAUGCAAUGUCUGCAAUCCUAUACCAACCUACCUGAAAGUAGUCCCUGUUGAACUCAAUGAGGCUUACUUUUAGGUUUACUAAGGAUGCAGGUGGCGCUGUCGUCUAAACCACUGAGCCUCUUGGGCUUGCCGAUCAGAAGAUUGGUGGUUCGAAUCCAUGCAACGGAGUGAGCUCCCGUUGCUCUGUCCCAGCUCCUGCCAACCUAGCAGUUAGAAAGCAUGCCAGUACAAGUAGAUAAAUAGGUACCGUUGCAGCGGGAAGGUAAAUGGCAUUUCCAUGUGCUCUGUUUUCCGUCACAGUGUCCCGUUGCACCAGAAGCGGUUUAGUCAUGCUAGCCACAUGAACCGGAAAGCUGUCUGUGGUCAAACACUGGCUCCCUUGACCUGAAAGUGAGAUGAGUAUCCCAACCCCAUAGUCGCCUUUGACUGGUCUUAACCGUCCAGGGGUCCUUUACCUUUACCUUUUUUUACUUCUGAAUAGAAUGACACUCUCAAUGAGGCAAUGAAAUUGGUGUAGGGCCACUUGUGACACUUAAUCUACAUGGUUUAACCGUAUAGGGGGAAAGGGCUGUGUAAAAAGAUCAUAUUGUGAAAAUAUUUAAAUUGUCUAUUUUAUUGUGAUUACCUUUGCCUGGGAGCCAUUCUUCCAAUAAAUACCACGAUAUAACUUUUUAUUUCCCCCCCAAUCCCUUCCAAUAGCCAGUCUCUGCAGUGGACCAACAGAAUGUAGGGCAUGGUGGCUUUUAAAUAAAUUGCAGGGAAGGAAUAUUUGCUCGGAAAUUAAUGCAGUAACUACUGUUCCAAACCGUGUGCCUUUUCCCUGAGCGUUUUCUGAAAAUUAGUAACUCUUUUCUCAUUCAUGCCUCUAGCUUGAAUGCUAAUAUGUACGAUCAGCCAACAUCUGACACUCUCCAUACCAACAAUUCUGGAGUUCAUUUACAGAGAAAGUCAUAACUCGGUUGUGUGUUUAAAUGUGCAGUUCUGUUUUAGAGUGCAUUUCUGAAGCAUUCGAAAAUAUGAUGAAAGGUAAUUUGGAGGAAUGCAGGAAAGGUGAUUUGGACAAACAUAAAUCCUAGGGAUUGGAUCACAAGAAAUGGAUCUGAACAGUGUAGUUUCUAUAAGUCAAUAUGGGAAGGACAUGCUCGAGUCUAGUACGUUCUCAAGACAAAAUUUUAUUCUUGGCAUAUCUGCAAUGGAUUUUGCUCCAUGAUUCAUCUGUCACUUACUGGGUUAAAUCUCUGGUAAAGCCUCCUACAACCUACAAACGAACCUCUGAGUAACGUAUUCUUCUUAUUGAAGAACUUGUGUUCUUCUUCUGCACUUUUCUAAGAAAUAUGGUGGCCAUAAUUUUCCAGCUGGAAUAAUUUAUUGACAUAUGUCCAGAUUCUACAGUGAGGUACCCUUGAUUUCAUUCAACAGAUUAAGGUUGGGAGGAAUUUCAUUUAAUAAUGGGCAAAACACAGUAUUCUAAAACAACAUCACUGCAUGCUAGGGCUAUCCUUAACUAAAACGGAAAUAGACAGUUGUCAGGCUCCAUCUGCUGGUAACAACAUGUAAAGUAGGCUCACCUCACCCACUGUAGCCCUUGGGCCAAAUGUGAAUUUAAAGUUGUCAAACAAGUUGUGAAAGGCAGGGCGCAGAGGGCUGUAGCAACAUAACUUCACUUGCAGGUUAUGUUGGAGGGUGGAGCUGUCCCCAGAUACCUUUUCAAAGUGGUUGCUAGAAACAUGUGAGUGAAGUCACUCCCUCAGGCAGAGUGGCCAAACACAUGAUCUGGGGAUAAACGAAGAAGUCCCUGCUCCAAAUGCCACCCUUUAUGGGUUUCUGGGUGUCAUCUAAAAGGAGCAGGGUCUUAUCUGUAGUGGCUCCCAAUUUACAGAAGGCUCUCAAUAGGUCCAUUGAUCCCCUUCUCUUGUUUUCUUUCAGAAGCAAGUAAAGCACUCCCAUUCUUCCAAGCUUUUGGAAACUGAAUUGUCUUUUGCUAUUUGUUUCUAAUGUUGUUGUUGUUUAAAAAGUUUUUAUGAUGUAAAUCACCUUGGAAACUGUGUUGAAAGGUGCUAUAUAAAUGGUGUAUAGAAAUAAGUGUGGGUCCACCAGCAAAAGUAGUUGCUGAGCAGGAUUGUAAAGCAAGGACUGGCAUUCACCACUGGAAAUCUGUUGCAAAUCUAAUAAAUAAAUGAAAUAAUUCACUUCAGGUAUCACUUUCCUCAGGAUAGUGAUGCCUUCUAGAUGUUCCAUGUUGGGAAUCCCAGUACUAGGUCUUAGUAUCUGGCCCUAUGGAUGCAAUCUAACCAUAUUCCAAAGCUUCACGUGGAUCACUCCCUGUGAUUUAUUAAUGUAUUAUUAUUCACCCCCCAGAACUUUGGGGUAGGAUAAAAACCCACAUAAGCACAGACUGCUCAUUGUAAAGAGCUUGGGCAAUUUGUUUAUAAGCCAAAUAUCAGUGGUACAAAGACUUCAUCAUUAACCAGAAGAGACUGCUAGCCUGAUUUAAAUGUUGUGCUUCAUAGGUUUUCUGGCAAGGGAAGCUUUUUAACUAUUGACCCUGUACACAAAUCUAAGCCUAUUAUAAAGUGAUAGCUGUCAUAAGGACGGCUAGCCAGAUUCAUUUUAAAUGGCUGUUGAGUGUUCAUCUUUAAUGAAACCUUGAAACAUCUGUUUGUGGUGAGCUGUGAAGCAUUUCUGUAGCUCACGGUCAUUCUGUCUUGUAUGUUUUUUUGUAGUUAGGUUAAAAAAAAAAAUUAAGAGCCCAUGUCUGGAAUCUUGAUCUAGGAUUUAGCCUCUGGGGUGCUAAUGCUACCAUUGGCAUUGCAGACAUAAACUGCGUAAUUAUGCUGCAGUGAUGUUGUCUCUAGCCUGAGUGGAUGAGCUGCAGCCUGUGCAAUCCGAUGCUCCCCAUACCUCUGGGAAUUCACUCAUAGCUUGAAAUUAAUCUCUUACAGCUGCUUUGGUAAAGCAGGUGAAAAGUGAAAAUAAUUAUCAAAGCUCUGUGACCUCUUAUAAUUGUGUGAAAUCCACAGAAUAUGGGCUGACAGAGGUCGCUAACGUAGCUUGCAGUUUGCUGAAAUGACAUGCUGCUUAAAAUAGAUAGCACUGGGGUUUCUUCUUCUUCUUCCCCUUUUUCUUUUCUUGAAAGGGUAGGUAAUCAAUUCUGCAGGCUAGGGAACAGUCCCCUCUUUUCAAGCCAUCCCGUGAAUGAAUGGCUCGUGCCGCAAAUUCAAAGGCCUAAAAACACACAAUCAGUGAUCCCCUAGAUCUGCAUGAACACUGAGGUUUUCUGCUUGUUUUGUCUCUGAUCCUGUCAAACCCAUAAAUUGCUUUUUAAAAUUAUGCCAGGUUUUAAAGAAAGCAGUUACAGUUCUUCAUGGUUAAAGAACAAAUGGGUGUGGGUAUGUGUGUAUUGAGUGCAUGUGUAUGAGGCUAUGCAUGCCAACAGAUCACCUAUGCAAAUUAUGCUCAUGUUCCCUCCCUCCUCCACUUACAGUUUUGUUAUUGCAGGCAUUUCUGAUUCAUGUGCCCCAACCUCUGUCCAGUAUCAGCAAUUAUAUUUCACCAUUUCAUGUAAUUCAUUGUCUUCAUCUUGACCAAGCAUAGAAACAUGCUUUUAUAGACAUUAUAAUGGGCAUUGUUUAUAUUUUUUUUUCCUGGAUGAAGCUGAUUAUUUGGAUCCCUUUCAGUCUAGCUUCCAUCCUGGUUUGAUACCGAAACUGCCUUGAGCUGUGCACGCGCUAUGCCAUUAAAGCACAUUCAAAGCACAUUCUUUCCCUCAAAGAAUUCUGGGUACUGUAGUUUGUUAGUGGUUGCUGGGAACUGCAACUCUGAUAGGGGUAAACUACAACACCCAGAAUCCUUUGUGAGGAAGAAUGUGCUUGGAUACUCUGGAUGACUUGCACCGGGAGAUUGGUGGGGCAGUUCAUCCCUUUGGAUUCUCAGUAGCAUUCAGUACCAUGCAUGAUGUCUUCUGGGUUAUCUCUCGUGAGUGGAGUUGGGGAACACUACAACUAGCAUUGGUCAAUUGUGUGUUCAGACCUUUAAACCUCCCCUUCAAUAAAUUCAGACAAGACUCAGAUUUUGGUUUGGUUUUUGGCAGAAUUUAGGCCACAACUUUAUUGAUUACAGCAAGUGAGUGCUUGCAUAGGCUCUGGUUCGACUAGCUCCCUGCCAUGCAGGUAGCGCUGACCCAGGGCACCAGCAUAGGUCAGCCUAGGGUGAAACCUGGAUAAGCGGAAAGCUGGGAACAGGCUAUCUCCGCCACCCAAAUGCCUCCCUAGACUCAGGCACAGGCACAACCCCUCACAGGGGUUGACUAAACCAUUGAGUCCCUGGAUUCCUUUAACGGAAUACCCUUCACAUAGGGAUGGCGAGAGCGUUUUCCCAUCCCUAUCACCUGAGCAAGAGCCUAUUCAUAACCUUACAAGUUGUGACGAUUUGCUACGCAGCAGGCGAAACCCAAAUGGCACCAGCCAAUCAGCCAAGUGGGGAAAAUUCCUGCCGUGCCCCUGUCCCAACGACAGAUGACACACGAUGGCAUAGCAAGGUCAAGCGCACAGCCCUAAAUAUAGGGAGAGGUGGGCUGAUGUUCCGAAUGCACGUGCUGAAAGAGGAAGCUGCAUAGGUAUAAACUUGAUCUGUUUAGCGUGCAUCCCAUCGGCCUGAUUAAACCCAGCAUCAAGGGACCUACCAAUUGGGUGUUGUGGCUAUCCAAUCAUAUGCACCCACAAGACAGGGUUUGGUUGCCAGGUCUCACCACAACACGUGCCCUCUUUAAGGGAGGACCUGAUUUCUAAGAGCCAGGAGCCAAAAAGUUGUUAAGAAUUACUGCUGGCCAGCCUCACAGCCAUUGCCCUAUGGGAUACGGCAAGAGUCCAUCUUGCCCCGUGUGCUUUUUAACACCUGCGUUAAAUUACUGAGUGGGACCAGAGUGUUACCACCAGCAUGCUAAUGAUACUCAGCUCCAGUGCUAUUUUUCUAGAAAAAGAGGUGCUGGAACUCACCGUGAAUGCCUCAGUUGUUCUCUUAAAAUGGCAACGGCACCCAUCUGAGAGGUGAUGGAACUGAGUCCCUCCAGAAAAAAAGCCCUGUUCAGCUCUGUCUCUCACUUUUAUCAGAUCCUAAGGAGAUAGUGGAAAUCAUAAACUGAAAUGUUGGGGCAGUAAAGAAAGGGAUGAAGGAGAACAAACUGACACUUCAUCCAGAUAAGGUGGAAGUAUUUUCCAUAGUAUUUGUUAAGUUGUGGGCGAACAUAUCAGACGACACAGUGAUUCUUCCAAAGCAGCUCUUUAUUUGUAAGCUGGACAGAACUGAACAGCAAACAGCUCAGCAGCCGGCUGUCAACAUUGUAUCAACAACAACCCAGGGUUUCCCGCCUAAAAUAACUGACGUGGACCUGAGUGAAAACUAUCUACACGAUACUCCUGGUGGCCAGGGUGAGAACUUCAAUACAUAACACCCCUCCCCACCGAGAUAAGGCGUUAGUUACAAUCGUAAUGGUUUCCUUAUAUACAGCACUACACGUAAUGGUUCAAUUAGGCACAAAGCAUAUCGGUUACAUUUCACAUACUUCCAUUAGACCAACAGUUUUACAUGUCCAAUAACAUAGUCCUUUAAAUACGGUCUACUGGCCUUGUGGAUUUCCUGGGCGGAGAGUUCAACAGCUUCUGAGGCCAUGGCCUCUUCAGUGGCUUUCUGCAACGUGAGUUCUGGCUUGGCAAGGAGACACCGUUGCAGAUGGAUGUCCCGGACCCCGCAGACGAUUUGAUCCAUCAGGGCAUCAUCUAAGUCUCGGAACUCGCAGUGCAUUGCAGCCUGUCGGAGGGCGGUGGUGUAGUUGUUGAUUGACUCCCCCUCUGCCUGGUUCCGGUGGUAGAACACAUGGCGGGCAGCAAUCUUGGACGGCUUUGGGGCGUAGUGGUUGCGGAGCUUCUCUUGAAUCGUGUCCCAAGGUGCUGCCUGGACUGCUAGAGGCGCAACCAAUGCUCGGGCCGUCGCGAACACUUCGAGGCCACAAAGGCUGAGGAGAGGCCCCGCUUCUGCUCUACCCUCUUGUCAGCUCAUUUGCUUGGAGGUAGCAGCCAAACCGAGCGAGGUAGGAGUCCCAUGAUUCAGAGGCUGGGGCAAACGGCGGUAGAGGCACAAGUGAAGCCAUGGUUCCGAUGCCGACGUGGAGGCGAUGGAUGGAACACCGUGCUCUAGCCAGAACGGUCAGCUCUGAAUUGGUUCUGCUCCGUGAUUUCGCUCAGUGUUUCAGCUCAGUGAUUCAGCUCAGUUCAGAGGGUGGCUGCAUCUGGCUGUGCUCUGAUGUCCAUCCAUCCCAUCCUCGUCGCCAGUGUUAAGUUGUGGGCGAACAUAUCAGACGACACAGCGAUUCUUCCAAAGCAGCUCUUUAUUUGUAAGCUGGACAGAACUGAACAGCAAACAGCUCAGCUGGCCUGCUUUUAUAGGCAGCCGGCUGUCAACAUUGUAUCAACAACAACCCAGGGUUUCCCGCCUAAAAUAACUGACGUGGACCUGAGUGAAAACUACAUAUACAAUACUCCUGGUGGCCAGGGUGAGAACUUCAAUACAUAACAGUAUUUUAGUUUAACCAGCAGCAGGAGUACAAUGACCUGCCUUCAAUGGCGUCGCACUGAUAAUAGGUUUGCGCCUUGGGAGUGCUACUUGAUUCAGUCCUGCUUUUGAAUACUGAAAUGAUAGUAGUGACUAGGGAUGCUUUUUUAAGCAGCCUAGUCUGGCAUGGUGGCUAUACCCCUUCCAAGAGAAGAAAGACUUGGACACCGAAAUUCAGGUCUUAGCAGCGUUCUGACUAUAUCGCUUAUAAGACAAUUUAUGUGAGGCUGUCCAUGAAAAGUGUGUAAAAAAAUUCUGUGAGAAAAUGCUGCCACCUGUUUCUUACCUGGAGACUAUUAGACAGAGCAAAAGACUCCGGUAUUAAUUUAUUUUCAUUGUCUACUUGUUAAUUUCUAGGCUCAAUUCAAAGUGCUUAUGUCCCAAAACCUAUCAUAGAUCAACUGUCAUAAAAAGAGUCUUAAUUCAAAAGCCUUCAAGAGAGGUAAGCUUCAUUUUGGUAACAACAUCUUGUUUGUUAAGAAAUGAAUAUAUACAUUAUUUUCCCCUUCCCCUCCUUUUGUUUUGUUUUGAGAAAUUAGGCUUGUUCCAUGAUUUUUUUGUUUGUUUCAAAGAAACCUCCAUGUUAAAUAAUAAGUUAAACCAUAAGUUCAUAUUUGUUUGCUUAUUUAUACAGCAUUUCUAUCCAAUCAGAGGCCCUCAGAACGGCUUACAUAAGAAGAGUUUGAUAUCCCGCUUUAUCACUACCCAAAGGAGUCUCAAAGCGGCUAACAUUCUCCUUUCCCUUCCUCCCCCACAACAAACACUCUGUGAGGUGAGUGGGGCUGAGAGACUUCAAAGAAGUGUGACUAGCCCAAGGUCACCCAGCAGCUGCAUGUGGAGGAGCGGAGACGCGAACCCGGUUCCCCAGAUUUCGAGUCCACUGCUCUUAACUACUGCACCACACUGGCUCUAGUUCUAAGCCAGUUCUAAGAUGGAUCUCAGGCUCAGAGCAGAAAAAUACAUGGCAUACAAGGAAAAACAAGUGGGAGGGAGGAGAUAAAAGCAAGCUCAAGUUCUUAAUGUUACAGUUCUUGAAGUUAUAGCUGAUUUCAGUGGCACUUCUGGGCUGUCUUGCAGUCCCUGCCCUCACCCCCAGAUCAGAUCCAACAACAACAGAGCAACCUUCAGGCCAGGAAGACAGGGUUAGCUCCUGCCACACAGUGCUUCCCUCAGACAACUGACUUGAUGGCAGCUAGAAUCCUGAAAGGAGGGAGCUUGAUGGGGUUACCCUCCUCCCUUGCCAAAGUCAGUGGUGGUUUUCUGGCUGUCUCUCUGCCCCAUCACUAAGUACUCUUCUCCCUAGAUCAGAUCUAGGAGCAGUGCUAGCGACAAUGUCCAGGCCAGUAGAACACAGUAGUGCAUGUUAUCAUUGCUAAUGCCCAUGCAUGCCAGCAUUUUAAAGGUUUGUGUUCGCUAAUAGUUAUUUUAGUACUUUCCAUGUUGCACAAUUCUUAGCUUCUCUGCACAGGUCCUCAUGUAGCCCUUUUAAUAAUUGGAAGGGGUGAUUGUAAGGCUAUUCCCUUUCUCAUACAAAUGUCCAGCAUACCUGAAGGAGUGUCUCCACCUCCAUUGUUCUGCCCGGACACUGAGGUCCAGUGCCGAGAGCCUUCUGGCGGUUACCUCGCUGCGAGAAGCCAAGUUACAGGGAAGCAGGCAGAGGGCCUUCUCGGUAGUAGCACCCGCCAUGUGGAACGCCCUCCCACCUGAUGUCAAAGAGAACAACAACUACCAAACUUUUAGAAGACAUCUAAAGGCAGCCCUGUUUAGGGAAGCUUUUAAUGUUGAAUAGGUUAUUGUAUUUUAGUGUUUUGUUGGAAGCCGCCCAGAGUGGCUAGGGAAACCCAGCCAGAUGGGCGGGGUAUAAAUAAAAAAUUAUUAUUAUUAUUAUUAUUAUUAUUAUUAUUAUUAUUAUUAUUCAAAACUUUUUCUGCUCCUGCCGCCCACCCACUUUGAAGGAGGUGUGUUUUUCCCUGCCAGCAAUCCCACUGGCUGUUUGUUUAUUUGGGGGAAGAGGUAUCUUUCUCCCACUGAAGGGCUAGCUCCCUGCAGAAAGAUUCUCCUCCUCCAUUAUGUCUGAACAGUUUUCAUGCUGUCCCCGGAGAAUCAGGGAUAAUACAAGCAUAGUGUAGUACAGGAAGCUGAUGUCUGUGCUGCUAAAAAAAAAAGUAAAUCAGCCCUUGUACAAGCUCUUGGUCUCAAGCAACAAUCAGCUCAUAGUGGGUAGAAAAUCUUUGCUUUCUGUGUCUAUGGUACAUGUUUGCAAUGCAGCUUUUGCACUGAUACCAGUCAAUUUGUGAUAAAAAACUACCCCACCACUCAACACUUCAUUUCAGAAAAUUAGCCCAGAUCUUCUGACUCCAUGAUUCCAAUGUCUUUUACUUGCCUGAAGUGUGAACCAUGAUAGCUGCAAUCAACAAGGGGAUAACAAGCUGGCAAGCAGGAGAUGGUUGAAUUUCUUACCUGAUUGAAAAAAUCUGCAGUGCUUUGGAAAUUCACAAAGCACUGAAUGUGUACAGUAACUUUGAGAAAUAUUCAAAGAUUAUCUUACUAACUCAGUUUUUUUUAAAAAAAGAAAUAUUGCUCUACAGCAUCUGGUAGAGUCAUUGUUGGAAAGAGGAUAAUGAGCUAAAUGUUUCAUUUACUAUGGUAAUUCCUUCCUUUCUCUCAAAGUGAAGUUUAUUCAUUCAUUUGGUGUAUCCAUCUAGAAUUCUCAAGACAGUACAUUUUUUUUGUAGCUUAUAUGUAUGCAGUACACUAAUUUGACUUGAUCCUAGAAUUUGAUUAGAGUCUAAAAAACCUUGCAGUUGGAUAUAGAAUCUAGGAACUUCUUCAAAAGCGUGACAUUAUAAAAAGCUACACUUAUAUUCUACCUUUGUUGCCUUUGUGCCUUUCAGGUCAUUUUUACUGAGAGAAGAUCUGUUUCUGGUGGUUCUGAAAAAACAGUGGAUGACCCUGUAAAGGCAACAGUAGAUGCAUAGGAAAUGGAAAGAUGUCUAGGCUAUAAAAUCCAGUAGCUCUUGGGUGCCAAGCUAUUUCAACAGGAGCGCAUUCAUGCUUUCACAUGAAGGGGGAAAGUGGCAGGUAUCAAUCAAGAUGAGAUCAUCAAGAUGCCAAGCAAGCAAUAUGGAAGAACAACAGGACAACAGCGCGAUGGUUCCGAAAUUUCAGUUGCUCUCUGAUGGAGCUGUAGGCAAAAGCAGCAUAAUGUAGGGGUCAUGGGUGCAGGUUUGCAUCUGAAUGCAUAUCCAGUUUAAAAUAAUGUACUGUGGAUAGGCCAUUUCCACAUUUGGAUCCAUGUUCAGAUCCACAUGCAUAUUUAGCAUCUGUACACAUCAAAGGUAAAUGUAUAGUUCUUGAUUUAGCAAGGGAUACACAUGUAUGGAUCUCCUUAUCAGGACUGAAGUGAUAAUCCCAGUUUCCUAAGGUAAUAAGCAUGAUCCAGUUCACUCAAACACACAUAUGUGCAUCUUGCAUUGAACUGGGCUACUAUAGCAUGAUGUUCAAUAUCUCUAAGCUAUAGUUAAGAAAUCAAAGACUGCUCCCUCGCUCUGGACCCCCUUCCAUCUGCAGUG